UUGGAACGAAGUCAAGUUUAUUUCCUCCUAUGAAGCCCCUGUUGAUUCUUCUAAUCCUUAUCUUGCUUUUUCUCUUGUUUCUUCUUCCUUCUCCCCCUUUUAAAACUUUUGCUCCCUUGCCUACACGCCUAUCAGGAUUUGGUGGGCUUGAGACUGCCAACUCUACCGCCAGUGGGUUUAAUUUUGGGGGUUUCGGAUUAACUGCUAACCCUGCAGUGAACUUUAAUAUUGGGAAUUUCGGUGUUUCUACCACCUCGGCGUCUCCGUUCAAUUUUGCUAACAGUCUGGCAAGUGCAGGUGGGUUUGGAGGAUUUGGGACAACAUCUACAGCUGCAGGUUCUGCAUUCAGCUUUUCUGCCCCAACUAACACAGGCACUACUGGACUCUUUGGUGGUACUCAGAACAAAGGUUUUGGAUUUGGUACCGGUUUUGGAACAACAACGGGAAGUAGUACUGGUUUAAGUACUGGUUUGGGAACUGGACUGGGAUUUGGAGGAUUUAAUACACAGCCACAGCAACAAUCUACAUUAGGUGGUCUCUUCAGUCAACCCACACAAGUUCCUACCCAGUCCAACCAGCUGAUAAAUACUGCAAGUGCUCUUUCCGCUCCAACACUAUUGGGGGACGAGAGAGAUGCUAUUUUAGCAAAAUGGAAUCAACUGCAGGCUUUCUGGGGAACAGGAAAAGGAUAUUUCAACAAUAAUAUUCCACCAGUGGAAUUCACACAAGAAAACCCUUUUUGCCGGUUUAAGGCUGUAGGUUAUAGUUGUAUGCCCAAUAAUAAAGAUGAAGAUGGGCUAGUGGUUUUAGUUUUCAACAAAAAAGAAACAGAUAUUCGAAGUCAGCAACAGCAGUUGGUAGAAUCAUUACAUAAAGUUUUGGGAGGAAACCAGACCCUUGCUGUAAAUGUAGAGGGUAUUAAAACAUUGCCUGAUGAUCAGACAGAAGUUGUCAUUUAUGUUGUUGAGCGUUCUCCGAAUGGUACUUCACGAAGAGUUCCAGCUACCACACUGUAUGCCCAUUUUGAACAAGCCAAUAUAAAAACACAACUGCAGCAACUUGGUGUAACCCUUUCUAUGACUAGAACGGAACUUUCUCCUGCACAGAUCAAGCAGCUUUUACAGAAUCCUCCUGCGGGUGUUGAUCCUAUUAUUUGGGAACAAGCCAAGGUGGAUAACCCUGAUUCUGAAAAGUUAAUUCCUGUACCCAUGGUAGGUUUUAAAGAACUUCUCCGAAGACUGAAGGUUCAAGAUCAGAUGACUAAACAGCAUCAGACCAGAUUAGAUAUCAUAUCUGAAGAUAUUAGUGAACUACAAAAGAAUCAGACUACAAGUAUGGCCAAAAUUGCACAAUACAAGAGGAAACUCAUGGAUCUUUCCCAUAGAACUUUACAGGUCCUAAUCAAACAAGAAAUUCAAAGGAAGAGUGGUUAUGCCAUCCAAGCUGAUGAAGAGCAGCUGAGGGUUCAACUAGAUACAAUUCAGUCUGAACUAAAUGCACCUACUCAAUUCAAGGGCCGACUAAAUGAGCUGAUGUCCCAAAUCAGGAUGCAGAAUCAUUUUGGAGCAGUCAGAUCUGAAGAAAGAUACUACAUAGAUGCAGAUCUGUUACGAGAAAUCAAGCAGCAUUUAAAACAACAACAGGAAGGCCUUAGCCACUUGAUUAGCAUUAUAAAAGAUGACCUAGAAGAUAUAAAGUUGGUAGAACAUGGGUUGAAUGAAACUAUCCACGUCAGAGGUAGUGUCUUUAGUUGACAGUUCACAAACUUGUGUUAGAGGUUUGUGAAAUGCUUCCUCCUACUGCUUUAGGCCUUCCUUAAGAAUGAAUCUGACCACUUGGCGAAAAAAAAAAUAAAGAAAAUAACACUCUUCUGGCUUGGAUUUUUAAGGAGAUUACCAACAAUUUACUCUUCACUAAAUCUGAAAUAAACUAGUCACCUCACAUUUCUUCAAAAAUAACCUUCAAAAAAUUUACAUCUAAAAAGCUGUAUAUACUUUAAAAGGACAAAAGAACAUAAUUAACAUUUUUACAGCAGCAUUUUCUUAAGCAUCACAGUAAUUA